CUGGCAACCCUGAUCCCAUCUGUCACACAUUCUGUCACUGGGCAAGAUACUAACAUUAUCCCAUGCUAGUAAUAGUAUUAUACGAAACGUCAUUAGAAAAGCUGUCACGUUUACACCAGAAGGCAUGGGCUCGGGAGAGAGUACGACCAGAAAAGUGUCUUUCGGUGUCGAUGAUGAGGACAGAGUCAGGAUUCUGCGGGGAGUAAAGCUGUCAGAGGAUGUUCUUCAGAGGAUGAGAGGAGUGGCCAACAUCGCUCCAGAACGUACAUCAUCAUCAUCAUCAUCAUCAUCAACCUCAACAAGCCCUCAGAAAGACACAGGUGCCUCUCGUAGUACCAGCUCAAGCUCUCGACCACAGCAGAGCUCACAACACCGAGCCCAACCCAGUUCCCAGUCCAGCACUAGCAAACCAGCCUCUUACGCCAAGGAAGAACAGAGGAGGUAUGAACGCCAGCAGACAAUACUGAAGGAGGAGUUGGCCAAGGUGGCACAAAGAGAGAGGGAGGAGAUGUCUAAAACAAUGAGUCGUGAGAGACAACAAGUACGUCAUGAAGCUGAGAAGGCCAAACAGCAGGCUCAGCAGCUACAGAAGAAAGAUUCACAGCUCAAAGCGCUGGAUGCCUUCUACAAGGAGCAGCUGGCACAACUGGAGAAGAGGAAUUUGGAAAGAUUUGAACAGAGCAAGGAGCAAUUCCACCAAGCUGCCUCCAAGACGGAAGUGAACAUGAGGUCGCGCAGCACCGACCCGGUGUGUCCCGGCCUGCAGGCCCAGAUUUUAUCUUGUUACAAGGGGAACAGAGAGCAGACCCUGAAGUGUGCAGACCUGGCCAAAGAAUACAUGCAGUGUAUCGAUGCUGCAAAGAAGAACUUGCUGGUCAACCAUGGAUGAAGAGAGGGAGGAAAAGGGUAAAACAGUUAUUUGACGCAGGCUUUUACUUUGGCUGUAAGAGCGGCACCUGUUGCAUUCCUGUUCUGAAUUAUAAGAGAGUUGAUUUGCUGUUAGCAUGCCUUGUUUUUAAAACAUUCUUUUUAUGCUAUUUAUCCACGGUAUCAUCCAUUAAAGUUGCUCUAUUAUUCUGCACUGCUACAUUCUACGGGGAAGCUUUUGAAAAAAAAAAGUGUGUAUUACACUAGGUUCAUGGUCUGAGUCAGUACACUUUUAGUUCAGUUCACAAGAUCGGCAGAAGGCAUUUCUAAGAUUUGAGCUGUAAAGAUGCAUUCAGGCACAUUCGUCCAUCAGCUGAAUGUGAAAUUCACUGUACGUCCAUAACUCUGCUGCUUUUGUUGAGAUAAAGAGAAAAACAUUUCAGAUAUGAGCUGAAUCGAGUGCGUAGGGGCCGUCCAUGUUUUGAUCUGGCUGAAAGAAGACCUGAUUGAGCUUUAUUGCUUUUAAAUUUUAUGGUUUUCUACUUCUUAAUGACACAGGAAUCAGCUCAGGUAAUCCUGGCUUUGACUGAAAUUCAUCUGACCUGUGUAUGUAUUAUAUGAUUUUAUUAAACCAUUCAUAUCCUGUGACGGUCUUGUUUGCGUCAUUAGUUUUUCUUUCCAGACUACUCAGCCAAUUUAUAUUCUUUGUUUCUGUUCUUUUUCAAAGCUAAACAUGUUUCAUUUAAACUUUUUUCAUCCCUUGAAAGAAAUACAUAAUUCCCUUUCAAAUCAUCUUUCAAACUGAAAUGAUAAUGCUUUACAGAAUAAUAAUAAAAUAUGAAGAAACCUUGGUUAGGUAGGUGGAUAGUUAGUUAGAGCCUGACACAAGCUACCCUACACUGCUGAAGCAACAAGGGGCAACGCACUACCUGCCAUGUGGGCAUUCCCCAAUUAGGCACCUCAGACUGAGCCUCACAAGCUCAGUUUUUACCGUUUUAAGUUUAAAAUGGUGGCAGUAAAAACCGUACUGCAACUGUUAGCUGUAACUUUUUUCAAUAGAUGAACUAUAAUUUUGAGAUUGCCGUAGAGUUUUUGUCCUGUGAGGGAUCAAGUCCAAGUGUCUUUAAAGGGAAGUACUAUACUGACACAAUCAGAAACAGCUAGACAAGAGGGAGCUGAUGAUGAUGGAGAGCUCAUUAUAAAAAUACAGAUGUGGGUUUAUUCAGGACUCUUGUAAACAAAAUAUCUUUAGGACUUGAAGAGCCCUUCAUAUGCAAUACAGUGUCAGCGAGUUCCUGCAUGAAGAUACAAGAAGAAGUGAACUGAGAAAAAGGAGUACAGUAUGAUGACACCAAUGAGACAUCAAACGUCUACAGAGAAAGAAAACAUUUACAGUCUGACAUUGAAGAGGCACAUGAGAAAUAUUGAUUAUUGACAAGAAAAUUGAUUGCACUAAAAUGAGACCUUGUGAUUUUGUUCAUUAAUAAAAUCUGUGGAAUAUA